AUGGAAAAGGAGAAGAGAAAGAGGGAGGAAGAAAGGGAGAAAGUGGAGGAGGCCCGGAUGAAGAAGACGAAGGAAGAGGAGGAAGGAGCUGGGGUGAUGGUGCCGACGGAGGAGGAGGUGGAGGAGUUCUUUGCGAUACUGAGGAGAAUGAAGGUGGCUGUGAUGUACUUUGAGAGAUCGGCGGGGGGAAUAAUGGGGAGGGGUGGAGGGAGGCGCUGGAGACGGAGGAUCUGGUGGGGGCCGAGGUCGGUGGUGAAGCAGAAGAAGAAUAAGAAGAUCAGGGGGGUGGGUGAGAGAGUGGAGGAGAGUGAGAUUUUGGACUUGAACGCCGCGGCUCCGGAGGAUGAGGAGAGUGAGGUUCCGCCGCCGCUGCCGUGGAUGAGGAAAUGA